AUGUCUUCGGACGGUGAUAACGAUGAUUUCCUAUAUGAGGAUGAGUACGAUGAUGAGUUCGAUCAGGAUGAUAUCGAUUCCACGUCUGAACCCGAUGUCUACGAUGCUAUGUCUCCCGCUAUAGAAGAAGCACCACAGAAGAAACCCUACGAUGUCUCAUGGAAAGUAAAGACACUACAAGAAAUAAUCGAUAUGCAGAACAAAGAGAUAACGAAGGUUCAAUCGUUAUUGGAAGUUCCCGCAUCAAGCGCAGCUAUAUUACUCAGACACUAUGUGUGGAACUCCGAGAAAUUACAAGAACAAUUUUGGAAUGAUCCUGCUCAAGCAUUAGAGGCAGCGGGAUUGUCACCACCUUCUUCACCUACUACCCACACAUCCACUCAACCCACUGGCGUAUUCGAAUGUCCAAUUUGCUGUAUGGAAUACGAUUAUUCAUCAACUUAUUCGAUGGGAUGCGAUCAUCGCUUUUGCAAAGAUUGUUGGAAAGAGUAUCUGUCUGGGAAGAUCAAAGGUGAAGGUGAAAGUGCGAAGAUACAAUGUAUGGAAAGUGGAUGUAAGAGGAUAGUAAGGGAGGAAAUCAUAGAUGAUUUGGUGACUCAUGAUAUAUCGAAACGAUAUCAUAAUCUUCUAAAUGCCGCUUUCGUAGCUGAUUCUCCCACUUUACGUUGGUGUCCUCAUCCCAAUUGCGAGUACAUCAUUGAAUGCUCCCAGGCGCCGACGAGGAUGCUCAAUCAGCUGGUUCCUACGGUGCAGUGUAAAUGUGGUCACGAUCUCUGUUUUGGCUGCGGAUACUCAGCAAGUCAUCGUCCCGUCUUAUGUCGGAUCGUGAAGUUAUGGGAGAAGAAAUGCGCAGAUGACUCGGAAACAGCUAAUUGGCUUCAAGCAAAUACGAAAGAAUGUUCGAAAUGUCAAUCCACGAUAGAGAAAAAUGGGGGAUGCAACCAUAUGACAUGUAAGAAGUGCAAAUGGGAAUUCUGCUGGGUGUGUAUGGGCCCAUGGUCAGAACAUGGUACAUCAUGGUAUCAAUGUAAUCGAUUUGACGAGAAGUCCGGUAUUGAUGCGAGAGAUACUCAAGCCAAAUCACGAGCUAGUCUCGAGAGAUACCUACAUUACUUCAACCGAUGGGCAAAUCAUGAACAUUCAGCUAAGCUCGAUGCGGAGUUCUACCAGAAAACAGAGAAGAAGAUGGAACAGAUGCAGAACAGUGGUAAUUUAUCUUGGAUCGAAGUCCAAUUUGCGAAACAAGCUGUAGAUGCUGUAAUCAAAGCUAGAAUCACGUUGAAAUGGUCUUACUGUAUGGCUUUCUACCUGAAACGAAAUAACAUGACGGAGCUGUUCGAAGAUAAUCAACGUGAUUUGGAAAGAGCUGUCGAGAAUUUAGGAUACCUGUUAGAACAGAAUAUAAGUGAUACGGAUAGUAUAGCCAAAUUGAGACAGGAUAUCACCAAUCAAGCUGCAUACGUUCAGAAGCGACAUGACAUUCUGAUGGAUGAUACUCUAAGGGGAUACCUGGAGCGUCGAUGGGAAUUUACAGUAGACACUUAA